AUGUCAGCAACAACCAUAGAGGCCCCCUUUGCGCUGGUGCAAACGGAGGAGCUCAGAAAGUAUUCGAUUGCGUCACAAACCGGUCACAUCUUGCGUGGAGAAUACGAAGAAUGGAGAAAACGAACCAUGGAUGUUACUAUCUCGGAAAUCAGUGGCCAUAUUCCUCCGAUUCCUCCCAAGAAAUACUUGACACACCAUGUGACAUUGACGGGCCACUUAAAUAAAGUGGUGGAUAUCAAGUUCAGUCCAGACUCCAAAAAGCUAUUGUCCGUGUGUCAAGACGGGUUUGGAAUUAUCUGGGAUGUUUUGAGUGGUUUGAAGUUGCAAGCUAUCCCGUUGGUUCAUCGAUGGGCUCUCGCCUGCUCGUAUUCUCCCUCUGGAAAGCUCGUGGCUGUGGCUGGUUUAGAGAACAAAUGCACCAUGUAUAAUGUAAACGUUGAUCUGGAUGAGUUAUUGGAAGAAAAUUCUGAUAGCAUUGAGCUCUCUAAAAGGGGGCAGUCUACUAUGUCCACUCAGCACCAGGCAUACAUUGGUGUAUUGGAGUUUCUUUCUGAUCGAGAGGUAAUCACUGGCUCUGGAGAUUCAUUGAUCAGAUUAUGGGACGUUGAGAAGAGAUGCAAGAUUAGAGAAUAUACCGAGCACUCCGGUGAUAUUACUUCGGUGCUGAUUGCACCUCAAGAUCUCAAGACUCCAUGGAGUUUCUACUCUUCAGGCGCAGAUGGCCAUGUACGUCUUUGGGAUUGCCGGCAGCCCAAAUGUGUACAUUCGUUUUCUGUGUCUGUCUCUGACGUCAAUGUAGUCACUCAGUCACCUGAUGGCAACAGCUUCGUAUCUGGGGAUGAUCUAGGGCGGUGUCAGCUCUUCGAUAUCCGGUCACUCUGUCCUAUUGAGUCCUAUGUACUCCAGGACCAAUUCGAGUAUAAAAAAGAACCUUCUGCUUUUGGCAUUUUGCAGCCCAAUAGUAGCCUUCACGUGCCGCCACCUCCACCGUCGCCUGGGCUGACAGCCAGUAAUCGGAGAGGCAAUGGAUAUGAUAUUUCAGGUGUAACCUCUAUUGCCAUCAGCAAGUCUGGUCGCAUAAUGUACACCUGCUAUGCCGACUAUUCUUGUAUCUGUUGGGAUCUUUUCCAGAAGAAAAUUGUGGAAAGGGUAGGCGUCGGGUCUGUUGCUCAUCAUGAUCGAGUGGAUCUGGUGAGAGUGAGCGAAGAUGGGCAAGGUUUGGCCACAGCCUCAUGGGAUACCACUGUUAAGAUCUGGACCUGUUGA